AUGUUCUACUGUCCUCCUACACUCCUUCGACCUACCUUAUCGCCCUUUCUCAACGCCAGAAGAAUUGCCAAUGUUCUCAAUAUCUGUAGACUCACACCUAACUAUCUAAAGACCUCUUUGCGCCCCUUCAGUAACACUAUUCCAAGAACGUCUGCCAAUUCUCCUGCUUCUCGGCCUACAUAUCAAGUUAGCCAAGAUCUGAAAGAGCUAAAGUGGCCAGAAGAGAACCGUGCGUCAUCCGUUGAUGAGUGCGGUGGAUUCUAUCCAGUACGACUUGGAGAAACCUUUGACGAGGAACGAUUCGUCAUUACAAAGAAGCUCGGUUGGGGUGGCUUUUCGAGCGUAUGGCUAACAAGGGACUGCAAAGACGAUCGUUUUGUUGCCCUUAAAAUCCUGUCAUCGCAUGCGUCAAGGGAAAUAGAAGCAGGACGGCUUAAGGAACGUGAUAUUCUUCGAAAGGUCUCGAGUGCAGCUCCUUCUCACCAUGGGUAUCAACACAUAGUCCAUCUUCUCCAUGAAUUCGAAUUUGAAAGUUUUGCCGGUCGUCAUAUUUGUUUCGUCACAGACGUUUCCAGCUAUAGCGUCCCAAAUCUGCUAAAGGAGCUACCAGACCAGCGACUCCCACUGAAGUUUAUUUUACGUCUUACAAAGCACGUUUUGAAAGGUCUCAAAUAUCUGCACAAUGAAUGUAAGGUAGUUCAUUCCGACUUAAAACCUGGAAACCUUCUUCUCUUGCUGUCUGAUAUAGAUACGGUCGUCAUGCAUGAGCUCAUAGAACGACCGCCCACACUUUACGAGUUCCCAAAGACAGUGCUGCCAGACGAGCUUCCAUUUCAUCCAGUUGUCGCCUGUCCUCUUUUGUUUGACUUGCCUUCGAACCAAGACACUAGAUUUCAUUGGGUCAUUACAGACUUAGGGCACACCCAUGUGCAAGACGAGCAUCUAAGCAAUAUCAUUCAGCCAUAUGCUCUACGUGCCCUAGAAGUCAUUCUUAGCCUUGAAUAG